UAUUUUUAACGUGCACUUGAAUGUUGGAUAAUGUCGUUCAAAAAGUGUCAUCUAGUGUAAUAAAUAUAAUAAAAGUCUACGUCGUAAUUGACGAAUGUUUGUCACCUGUGACCAUAUAGAAGCACAAUUUAGGGUGGCUAGAAGCCUCCCAAAUUCCGUUUAACAUGAAUCGAUCAGAAUUUGGUAUUUCGGAGUUUCCAAUCGAGUCAAUUGUCGCUUAGAAAAGUCUUUUAUCCAUAAGAAAAGGAUAUUUAAUUGAGUAAACCUCGAAAUAUGUCCAGUAAUUGAGACUAGCAGUCGGUCUCGUUAGAGAAAUAGAUAAUCAAUCUGUGAAAGAUGCAUUACUUGCACGUGUCCAACGCCCUUGCUCGUCGUUAUAACCCCAAUUUAAUUCAUGUGAGGAACAAUGCGAGUCGUAAGAGCUUCGAGGUCAUCGGAAGAAAAUGGGGUGGACGUUGGGUGCGAUUGUGGUUAAGGGAGCAAAGUCAUCAGGUGGCAAAAUCCUGUGCCAGACAAUUCGAAUGCAUUGUUGCUCAACGCGUAAGGCGGACGCUGCAAAUCUUUCACUUGUACACUAAAAUUUGGGACGACGUUGCUCUCAAGUCGUUCGUUAAUAUAUGGCGGCGUAGACUCGGUCAAAACACUAGAAAAUAUCUGUUUGGCGCUGCUGGCGUCUCCGUCUACAAUUGGGAUCGAGAGAGAAUUCCAGACAACGAAUUGCACAGGUACUCCAAAGAACUCGUCGACAUCCACCAGCUGCGAGAAAAUACCGUUACGUGCGCGAAGUGCCACCUAAGACUAGUCAUUGACGUCACACAGUCUGGAGUCAAAUACUGCCAAUGUCACGGCGCCAAACCCGCUCUGGCUUCUAUUCAAAAUGGUCUUAUCUUAAGUAACGGGAAUCAAUGGCAGCCAUUCAUAGAGAGGCAGGAUAUGUUAAUGUGGCGCAAAGAAGAGCCCGAAAGUGGAGGGUUGUAUGCUUACAAAGUCUACGGGUCAUUUCCAGACGUGUCAGCGGAGGAUUUUCUACACGUUCAAGUUGACGUGGAGUAUAGAAAAGAAUGGGAUCCCACUGCUAGACAUCUGGAGGUCAUUGACACUGAUCCCAGCACAGAAUCGUGCUCGGAUCAUCGCAGUGAAAUUGUUUACUGGGAAAUGAUCUGGCCGAGAUUAUUUGCAAACAGAGAUUACGUAUUUCAAAGAAGAUGGCUGAUUGAUAAGGAAGAGGGCCUUAUCGUCAUUAUUAGCAGAGCAUCGGAUCAUCCCAAGGCCCCACUUAGGCCUGAUACGCACAGAGUAUCAACGUAUUGGUCAUACAUGGUAAUAAAACCAUACACGGAAUUUGAUCAGCCCGGUAUCGAGUUUGGAUUAACAUAUUUUGAUGACCCUGGUGUAAACAUACCGUCAGCUGUAACCACUUGGGUGGCAAUGAGUGUUUUAUUAUUUUUUGAUAAAGGGGUUCCGGAUUUCUUAUGUCGUAUGAGGAAAGCAACAUUAGAUUACCACAGCCGCAAAUCAGUUGAUGCAAAAUCUGCAAUGGUCAAUAUGGUUGGAGAUCAGCCCAUUGUUCUCGACACUUGCAGCGAUUCACCUGUUAGUGAUAUUGGUUACGUAUCUGAAGUGAAGAAAAAUACAGAAACACCAAAAGAAGAAAAUACAGAAACACCAAAAAAAGGAAAGGAAAACGAAGAACCAAAGUCGCCGGAGAAAAGUGACAAAAAAGAACGAAGUGCAGAAAAUGCCGAAGAUAAAGCAGAAGACAAAAGAGAAAGUGUAAUGGGCCCUACACCAGACGAAGAACGUGGCUUUUUACACUACUUCUUACCAUCCCGAUUGUUCACGUGACAUGACAAGCCGCAUAGAUACUUUGUUUAGAAGAAAUUGAUUUCAGCAAAUUCAGAUUUGCUGCUACUUGACUUGAAAACAUUAUCAGUAAUACAUUCUCAUUUUAACGACGACGCGUUUUCUCUCUGGAUGGUCGAAUUUAUUCUCGUGAACUCAUGCAGUAUUUAUAAACGUUGAGGAUCUCGUUCAAUAUUUCUGUACUGUAAGUUGAUGUACGCUAGCAAGUCUAACACUGCCAAAUCGAAGUCCCAUUCGGAAAAAAUUUUAGUUAAUUCAAUUUCACGACUAAUACGUUUGGAAAUCAAGUUCAGGUCAAGUGGGGAUGGUUUUAAAACUAAACUUAUCUUGUACGGUUUGUCAUAGGUGUGUUAAGAUAAUAGUGUUAUUUCAAUCGUAUGUGCAAGUAUAAAUGCGUGUGUGUGAGAGAUAGAAAAAAAUGUAGCUUUGAAAUAGUAUCUUUCGUAGUAUGAAUCAAAUCUAAUUGGAUCAAGUGAAGUAUUUUGCUUUAAAUCUUAUAUAAAUAAUUUAAGUGUUAGUCAGCGAAGCCAACGUAGUAGGUUUUGAAUAAUUUUUCUGUCUUUACACAGGCUUACUAGAGAAAAUGAAUAUUCAAAUUAUGGUCAUGUAAUCGUUUCGUGUGAAUGGCCACUGCGCCAUGUAAUCCGAAGCUUUUGCACUUUUUCAACCCUUCUAUAGGAGUCAUUU